AUGGACUGGAAAAAUGCAAUACACAGUGCUUCUGACUAUUGGGAUGAAAAUCUCCCGGAAAUUGAAAAUCUUUGUGAAACUGGAGCUGAAACCCAUGAACCUCUUGCAAUAAUAAAUGAUGAUCCAUGGCUAAAUCUUGAUUCGUGAUCUCCUGUCCCACGUUCUCCAGCUAUAUCAGAGCUGGAUGAGUUAUCUCAAAUAUCAAAAAUUAGUAUAGGCAAAUCCUAUAAACUGCCGGACAUUGGUGCUGGAAACUCUCCAGUGACUGGACCAACUUAGUUUGUCAAACCAAUUGGAGAGUUGGCAAAAGGACUCUCCAGUUGGUCUAACCACCUCAGUUGAUCCAGCCACUGGAGAGUUUCCAGCUCCAAUAUCCUGACUUUAUAGGGCAGUUUAUAGGGUUUGACUAUAUAAAAUUAUAUAAAUUUUUCGAUGACCUUUUAAUUUUCAGGAUAAAUGCUAUGAUAAUUUAUUUUUAAUAAAUAAAUAAACAUGCAGAGGUGUCGUAAAAUACUGAAUAUUCUAUAAAGUAAAUUGGAGUUGUGAAGAGGAUAAAAUAUCAGAAAACGAUCAAACUCCUGGAAAUAGCCUUAUUCACCUAAGUUUAAUAGAAAAUUCUGAAAUUAGCACUGAAGCUGAUUCAAAUCAUAUUCAAAGCAAAAUCCCUGCACCUGGACACAAAAGAUGGAAAAAUAAGAAUUCAGAAUCAAAAAAGAAUAAAUGAACUCGUGAAGAAGACAACUUAAUUAUUAAGCUCUAUAAUACUUAUGGAGGUAACUGAAAGAAAAUUGCUAUAAUAAUGAAAUGGUCCGUGAAAAAGUAUCCAUGAAUUCCCUUACCGAGCCCAACUUUUAUUUAUUAGAGAUUUAAGUUAAUCAUUAUAAGGCCAUAAGCGCAUAGACCACUAGCUGCCUAUCUGGCAUAAACCCACUAACCUAAGGAUUAGCUCCCUAGAUCAGAGCCACCUCUGCGCGUCCUAAUAAGCAAGGACUUAGUAGGAGGCAAAACCUGUCGAGUCCAUGUGAAGGGACAGGGAAAACCUUCGAAGUAGUAGCAAAACUUCCCUCUUCGGUAGGCUACCUCAAGCGAAUUAAUAUUAACCCCCCCACUCCGUGAGAGAACAGACUAUUGGAAAAAUCCAAUUUUGGGUAAAAAAAACACCUCCGUGAGCAAACAAAAAUUUUUUAUGACAAAAAAAUUUUUGACAUACAAGUGAUAAUUAUUAUAAUGAAAUCUCUAGCUAAUUUGUUUGAUUUUAAACAGUUUGUCAUUUUAAAACAUAAAAUUUUAAUUUUUAAUUCUCAUUUUUUACUAUUGGAAUUUUUUUAAUUUGAAAAAAAAUUGCUACAAAAUUUAUAUACAAAUUUUUUAAAACAAAUUAACCCCUCCAUGAGCGAACAAAAAAAUUUUGCUUGCUUACGGGGAGGGGGAUUAAGAAAGAAAAUUGCCGGCUUUUUGAAUGGAAAACCUUCUGUAGCUGUAAAAAACCGAUAUUACGGCACUAUCAAAAGAAAAAUGUCAUCAAUUAAGAAAGAUCCAGAGAAAAAAAAGCCAACUUUAUUUGAGAGUAAAGAGCAGAUAAAGUUUAUGGGAAAAGCCUGAAAUGAAGAUGAGCUUAUAGAUAGUUUACUUGCAGAGCCAGGAAAAACCCCUGUAACCCAGCCAUCUGUUAAUAGCCUUUUGGAGACUUUAGAAACUGUGAAAGUUUCUGCAGUUCCGAGUAACCCAAGCAGUGAAAAUUUAUCUGCAGAAGAAAAAAGAAAAAGACUUCAAGAACUUUACGCCAAAAGGGCCAUGCUAGAAGCAUUUGUAUUGCAAACCAAAACACAGCUGCGAAAUAUUGAUGAUUUGAAAAACUCAUAA